CUUAACGACGGUGGCAAGGCAGCCCGAGCACACGUGGGGAUAGGUGAUGUGGUUCUCACCAUUGAUGGGAUAAGUACGGAUGGGAUGACUCAUCUAGAAGCACAAAACAAGAUCAAGGCAUGUACAGGCAGUUUGAACAUGACUCUGCAAAGAGUGGCUUCUGUACAAAAACCUGAUCUCAUUCAUGUACCAAAGGGAGAGCCUACAGACGUAGUUAAGCCUGUGCCCAUUGCCUCUGCUGUCGCACCCAAAGCCACUGCCACGGCCAGUGUGGCUUACAAUAAGACUCCGAGGCCGUUUGGAGCCGUAACCACCUCCAAAGUCACCUCCAUCCCAUCACCGUCCUCCGCCUUCACCCCGGCCCAGGUGGCGGCUCCGUCCCUGGCGGCUGCCGCCCCGGCCCCUUUUGUUGCUCCCGGACUGCAUGUUAACGCCAAGCCUAAUGCUGAGCAGCGUCUGCCUGUGCCGAGCGCUGCUAAACCUGCAGUUAAUGUCCCACGGCAGCACAAUGCCGCCCUGAGCGCCACUGCCGGCGACGGCACCCAGGAUGCAGCCGAGGGGCCGCGACGAGGAUUCAGAGAAAACCAGGGGGAGAGUAAACAGCAAAAUGGCCCCCCAAGGAAGCACAUUGUGGACACCUAUACGGAGUUCUACCAUACGCCCACCCACAGCGAUGCCAGCAAGAAGCGACUGAUCGAGGACACUGAAGACUGGCAUCCCCGGACAGGCACCACCCAGUCCCGCUCUUUCCGCAUCCUUGCCCAAAUCACUGGCACGGAUCAUAUGAAAGAACCAGAACAUGAAGGUGGAAAGAAGACUAA